AUGUCGGACGAUGAGCAACAAUUUGAUACUGCAGAUGCCGGAGCCUCUCACUGCUUCCCAAUGUCUGCUGGUUCCAUAAAGAAGAAUGGCUAUUGUAUGUUAAAGGGUAAACCUUGCAAGGUCGUUGAUAUGUCUACUUCAAAGACAGGUAAACAUGGCCAUGCCAAGGCUCAUAUUGUAGGUCUGGAUAUAUUCACAAGUAAGAAAUAUGAAGAUAUAUGUCCAACUUCUCAUAAUAUGCUUGUCCCAUUUGUCAAACGUAAUGAAUAUCAAUUGAUUGAUAUUCACGACAACUUUACCUCUUUACUAACAGAAUCUGGAUCAACAAAAGAUGAUCUCCCACUACCAACUGAUGCUGAAGGAAAUCCGGAUGAAGUAGCUACACAAAUAAUGGAGAUGUAUGCUGAAGGGAAAUCAAUACUAGUUGGAGUUCUAGCUGCUUGCGGUAUUGAGAAGAUAGUUUCCGCCAAGGAGCUGGUAUGA